UUGAAAAAUGAAAACAUGCCCGACCAUUCAAAGCGCGAAUGAUAAGUUGUUUUCGUAGUUACCGCUGCUUUAGAAAAUGCAGUAGUUUUUUUGCUUAUUUUAAGCUAAUUUUAUGGUAUAUAUAAACAAUAUAUUGCAGUUGCUACAUGGCCUGGGCAAUUUGGUGCUAUAACUUCGUGUAUACACCUCGUAAACAUGUAUCUAUAUUAUUUGCACUGGUAUAUACACCGUAUGUCAAGUGUAUAAUACUUUGAAUACUUUCAGACGUUGCCAAAGUAAGUCAAAGAAAAGUUGCUGAAACGGCAAAUAUGGCUAACGUAUCGUACCACAUCUCAAGUCUGUUGGAUAAAAUGAACUCCCAUGACAAGGAUUACCGUUUCAUGGCAACGAAUGAUUUAAUGACGGAGUUACAAAAAGAUUCGAUUAAACUUGAUGAUGAUAGUGAGAGGAAAGUUGUGAAAAUGUUGCUCAAAUUACUCGAGGAUAAAAAUGGGGAAGUUCAAAAUCUUGCUGUGAGAUGCUUGGGCCCUCUGGUUGGUAAAGUGAAGGAUUAUCAAAUAGACACGAUUGUUGAUACUCUCUGUACUAAUAUGCUGUCGGAAAAAGAACAACUCAGAGACAUUUCAAGCAUUGGUUUAAAGACAGUGAUUACUGAGCUCCCACAGUCAAAUACGAAUGAAAUUGGUCGGAUUUGCAAACAGAUCACAAACCGAUUGACAGAAGCUGUUUCAAAACAAAAAGAUGUCUCAGUUCAGUUGGAAGCUUUGGAUAUAUUAGGAGAUUUGCUAAGCAGGCACGGAGCAUUACUUGCAAGUUACCACUCACAAAUCAAAGAUGCGUUGAUGCCUCUGCUCAAAAGUGCAAGAAUGGCAGUUCGAAAACGAAGCAACACAGCUAUUGGUCAUCUCGUCAUCACCUGCAAUAACCAAAUCUUUGGCGAGCUAGUAGGACACCUAGUGUCAGAGCUAAAAUCAUCUGAGAGCAAGAUCCGGGAUGUGGAAGCUGUGACAAGGAUGAGAAGAACAUACGUUCAAUGUAUUUGCUCCAUCACACGACAAGCUGGACACAGAGUAGGAAAGUACUUACAAGAUAUCAUGCCAUUGGUCACCAUGUUUUGUGAACUGGAAGAGGCUGAUGAUGAAUUGCGUGAACACAGUAUACAAGCAUUUGAACUAUUUGUUAGAAGAUGUCCAAUGGAGGUGACAGCCUAUCUCAGCUCUAUUAUCAACAUGUGUCUCAAAUACAUCACAUAUGAUCCCAACUACAACUAUGAUGAGGAUGAUGAUGUCAUCGAUGAUGAUGUCAUGGGAGAUGAUGAUGAAGAAGACGAUGAUUAUUCUGAUGAUGAGGACAUGAGUUGGAAGGUUCGACGAGCAUCUGCCAAAUGUCUUGAAGCUGUCAUGUCCACAAGACCUGAGUUAUUAAUGGAUUUAUAUCAAACAGUCUCCCUUCCUCUUGUUGCUAGAUUUAAGGAGAGGGAGGAAAGUGUUCGUGCUGAUAUUUUUACUGCGUUUAUUGCGUUGGUCAAACACACAAGGAAUGUUUCAACUGCAGGGGUCGGUGUUGGGGUUUCAGUUGCUAACGGCAACGAGCAAGAGAUGGAAACUGACACCCCCACUUCCCUUCUACUUGCUCAAGUGCCAACUAUUGUUAAAUCCAUCCACAAGCAUCUGUUAGAAAAGAGCACGAAGACACGUCACUGUUGCUUCUCGCUUCUCACGCAACUCGUACUCACGAUCCCGGGAUGUCUCGCUCAUCACAUCGGAGCUCUCAUGCCAGGAAUCGAACACAGCUUGUCACAGAAUCGUAACAACUCCUCCAACAUGAAGAUUGAUACGCUCAACUUUAUUCAUGUUCUUCUUACCAACCAUGAGCCUUCGAUGAUCCUUCCAUUUGUGAAGUCACUCUCCCCACUUAUUGUGGUUUGUGUGAAAGAUCCUUUCUAUAAAAUUACUUCAGAUGCUUUGCUUGUAAUGCAGGACCUGGUCAAGGUAGUAUGCGAUGAAUCCGUCACGUUUGAUGUCGACCCCCUCAUCCAAACUCUCUACCUUGCUACUUUACAUCGAUUAAAAACUUCCGACAUUGAUCAAGAAGUGAAGGAAAGAGCAAUAACUUGCAUGGGACAAAUCAUGUCCUCUGCUGGGCAAAGACUUGAAUCUGAAGUCCCGAACACACUCGAGUUAUUCCUUGAUCGACUCCGUAACGAGAUCACUCGUCUAACCACCGUCAAAUCCAUCCACAUGGUGGCAGUAUCGAGGCGAGUAAGUCUCUCUCCGAUCCUCCCAAGAGCGAUGCCCGUCCUCGCAAAUUUCCUCCGGAAGAACCAAAGAUCACUCAAGAUCUCAACCCUCCGAUGCCUGGAGAGCAUCUUCACGAAUUUUGCUGAUGACAUUUCAAAUGAGAUGAUGGGUUCAGUAAUAGAGGAGAUACCCCACCUAAUCAAUGAUGCCGACCUUCAUAUUACCCAGCUGUGUAUGCAACUACUUGUACUCAUGCUACAACUCCCUAUAUCCAGCAAUGUAAAGCAAGGAUUACUGGUGGAAACACUUCCAAAUAUUUACCAAAUAAUCAAGUCACCUCUGUUACAAGGAGCAGCUCUCAACGCAGUCCUAGAUUUCUUCCGCAUCCUCAUCACGAUCAGUGAGAGGCAGAAGGAGAUUGGUGAUCCUCCUCUCGUAGCGUUCCGUGAUGUCCUCCGAUCUCUCAUCGAGCCAAUUUAUCCACAAAAAUCCUCUUCUUCCAAGCCACGUUUAUCCUCUUCACCACAAGGACAAACAACAUCACUACACAAGCAAGCUUUCCAUUCAACAGCUAAAUGCAUCGCCACCCUCGUUGUCGCAAGCCCUGGUGAAUGUGAGUUGAUUGUUCGUCAGUUCAUGUUGGAUGUUGAGAAUCAAAAGUCGACUGAUUCGAUCCGGAUGUUCGUUCUUCUUUCACUCGGAGAGAUCGGACAACGAGUUAAUCUCGUUUCCUUCCCUGAACUUGAAAGGGUUGUCAUUGGAGCAUUUGCAGCAACGAAUGAAGAAGUAAAAUCAGCUGCAUCGUUCUCACUUGGCAGGAUCUGUAUCGGAAACCUCCAACAUUAUCUUCCAGGGAUGCUUAAGCAGAUUCAGAUGCAGUCCAAGAGCCAAUACCUUCUGCUCCACUCGUUAAAAGAAACCAUCACAUUCUCCACACAAGAAGCGUUGGAAGAAUUUAUGGAAAAUAUUUGGGAAUUGUUGGUUCGGUUCGCGGAAAGCCCGGAGGAAGGAACAAGAAAUGUUGUUGCUGAAUGUCUCGGCCGAUUAACGCUGAUACAUCCCGAUCAUUUGCUCCCAAAACUGAAAGGAUUCCUCUCCUCUGAAUCACCAAAGGUCCGGAGCACCGUGGUGUCGGCUGUCAAAGUGACGAUCACGGAUCAACCUCGGCCCAUAGAUCCUCUUCUGAAAGCUUGUUUUGGGGACUUCCUUGUCCUCCUCGAGGAUCCUGAUAUUAAUGUACGACGUGUGACCCUCACGCUUCUAAACUCAGCUGCUCAUAAUAAAUCUGCUCUAAUAAAAGAUUUGCUGCCUGAAACAUUGCCCAAACUAUAUGGGGAAACUAGAAUUCGUAAAGAACUUAUCAGGGAAGUGUUGAUGGGCCCAUUCCGACACACAGUAGAUGAUGGUCUUGAUGUAAGAAAAGCAGCUUUCGAAUGCAUGUACACGCUACUUGAGUCUUCUGUAACGCAACUGGAUAUUUUCCAAUUUCUAACUUAUGUGGAAAAUGGACUGAAAGACAGCUAUGAUAUAAAGAUGCUUACCUUUUUAAUGUUGGUUCGACUUGCUAAUUUAUGUCCAACAGCGGUGCUACAACAUGUUGAUAAACUGGUUGAACCACUGCGUGCAACAUGUAGUGUAAAAGUAAAAGCUGACUCUGUGAAACAAGAGUUUGAGAAGCAAGAUGAAUUGAAACGUUCUGCAUUAAGAGCAGUGAAUGCUUUGCUCACAAUACCAGAAGCUGAUAAAUCGCCUGCUAUGAGUGAAUUCCUUGCACAGGUACGGUCUAGUUCAGACUUAUCCGCGAUGUUUGAAAGUGUACAGAACGAUUCCUCAUCUGCCACAUCCAUGGUAACAUUGGAGGCAAUGGACACAAGCUAGAUAUGAAGCUGCUGAACAAAGUUUAUGAUCACAUCGUUUUGUUCUAAUUUUCAAAUUGCAUCUGGGCCCAGUUACUAAGGGUUUCAACAAUGGUCCAAAAUGCAGCUACAUAUAAUUGCAUGUUAUGCUUUAAAUAACAAAGUUCUUUGACAUUUUUAUUAUUUAUUUCCUGGUUUCAAAUGCUGCAACGGUUCAAAUCAUUAUUGUGAUUGCUAAAAUUGACAGUUCCAAUCGAAAAUAGCUCGCAUGCCUUAAAAAUCAACAAAUUCUGCUGUUAAGAUUUAAAUGUGUUGUCCGUGGCUAUAAGUAUAAGAGAAUGUUCUUUUUGCUUCCAGUGCUUUUUGUUCUCCCAAAAAUUAUAAACGCUCCUACGGAAAUGUUCGUUAGUUAA